AAGAAGCCGGAGACGCGGCUUGGGAGGCGAGAAAAAGUCGACGAGCAUCAGCAACACCGGGCAAUGGUACGCAAAAUAUGCCGUCAAUCCAGGGUUCUGGUCAUCAAUCCCAACUCCAACACCGCCAUGACGGAGAGUAUGAAACCAGUUUUAACAGGCAUAGAGUCUUCGAUCAUGACUCUGGAAUACUGGACAUGUCCUACGGGACCUCCAAUAAUCAAGUCGCAAGCCGAUAUGUAUGAGAGUGCUCUUCAUUGUCUCCCAUUACUACUAGAAAUGGAGAAAGAUUUUGACGGGUUUCUGGGAGCGUGCUAUGCAGAUCACCCACUGGUCCGUUUGUUACAGAGCUAUGUUGGAAGCAAGCCAGUGGUGGGGAUCUUCGAUGCCAGUAUCUUUGCAGCAAUGCAGCUGGUGUCUGAUGGCUCUAUGUUUGGCAUCAUUACCACUGGAAUGGCUUACGAAACUCUGCUGAGUCAAGGGGUGACGGCUCUUAUCGGCUCCACGGACGACUAUUGCUCAUUAUUCGGCGGAGUAGCGGCCUCUGGGAUUGGCUUGGAAGACCUCGACAUCAAGCAACAAGCAACGGCGCGAGAAAAGAUAUUUUCUGCAACUCGACGGCUGCUUCAGAAGAACUCUGGCAAAUUAGAUGUCGUGGUAAUGGGCGGCGUCAUUCUUUCAGGCAUGGAAACUUGGGUUCGCGAAGCAUUGGUGGUCGAAUUGGGCGCGGACAAGGCUGGGAAGGUGAAAGUGAUCGAUCAACUUGUCGUGGGAGCCUUGACUCUAGCGGCACUGCUACGAUCUGAAGGUUUGGACAUGGUCGAUUAUGGCCUCGCCCUCAGGUGA